GGAACAGCUGCAGCCGGCGUUGGGCCCGCCUGGAAUGCGGGAACAGGCUGCACACCAGGACUUUUAUGGAAACUUGCUGCUGGAGCCGGCGGCGGCCAGAGGGCUCGUAGCGGCUGGAGCGGCGGCGGCCGGAGCGCCAGGACUCCUGACCACACCCCGGCGCCCAGAGCCUGCCAGCGCGCACCCCGGACCUUCGCGUGUCGCCGGCUCGAGGUGCAAAAAAUUACAAAGCUUCAUAAUCACCCCAAGACCACAUAGAGCAAACAUGAAUGAUAUUUCCCAAAAGGCUGAGCUUCUGCUUUCUUCAUCUAAACCUGUACCAAAAACCUAUGUGCCAAAACUUGGCAAGGGUGAUGUAAAGGAUAAGUUUGAAGCCAUGCAGAGAGCCAGGGAAGAAAGAAAUCAAAGGAGAUCUAGAAACGAAAAGCAAAGAAGAAAAGAACAAUAUAUUAGAGAGAGAGAAUGGAACAGGAAAAAGCAGGAGAUUAAAGAAAUGCUUGCUUCUGAUGAUGAGGAAGAUGUAUCUUCUAAAGUAGAAAAGGCUUAUGUCCCAAAGCUAACAGGAACUGUUAAAGGUAAAUUUGCUGAAAUGGAGAAACAAAGACAAGAGGAACAAAGGAAGAGAACAGAAGAGGAACGAAAACGCAGAAUUGAGCAGGAUAUGUUAGAAAAGAGGAAGAUACAACGUGAAUUAGCAAAAAGGGCUGAGCAGAUUGAGGACAUAAACAAUACGGGAACUGAAUCAGCAUCAGAGGAAGGAGAUGAUUCACUGCUUGUAACAGUGGUACCUGUCAAAUCACACAAACCAUCUGGAAAAAUAAAAAAGAAUUUCGAAGAUCUAGAAAAAGAACAAGAAGAAAAGGAAAGGGUCAAGUAUGAAGAAGAUAAAAGAAUAAGAUAUGAAGAACAACAUCGAUCUCUCAAGGAAGCAAAGUGUCUUUCAUUGGUCAUGGACGAUGAACUGGAAAGUGAGGCAAAAAAAGAGUCACUUUCUCCUGGAAAAUUGAAACUGACUUUUGAAGAAUUGGAAAGGCAAAGACAAGAAAACCGAAGGAAGCAAGCUGAGGAGGAAGCAAGAAAACGUUUAGAAGAAGAGAGGCGUGCUUUUGAAGAAGCAAGGCGGCAAAUGGUAAAUGAAGAGGAGGAAAACCAAGACACAGAAAACAUUUUUAAAGGGUACCGCCCUGGUAAACUCAAACUCAGUUUUGAAGAAAUAGAAAGACAAAGGAGAGAAGAUGAAAAAAGGAAAGCAGAAGAAGAAGCCAGAAGAAGAAUAGAGGAAGAAAAGAAGGCAUUUGCUGAAGCAAGGAGAAGCAUGGUAGUAGAUGAUGACUCCCCAGAGAUGUAUAAAACAAUCUCUCAAGAAUCUCUUACACCGGGAAAACUAGAAAUUAAUUUUGAAGAAUUAUUAAAACAAAAAAUGGAAGAAGAAAGACGACGAACAGAGGAGGAACGGAAGCAUAAGCUAGAGAUGGAAAAACAGGAAUUUGAACAACUGAGACAAGAAAUGGGAGAGGAAGAAGAAGAAAAUGAAACCUUUGAACUGAGCAGGGAAUAUGAAGAAUUAAUCAAAUUGAAAAGGAGUGGCUCUAUUCAAGCUAAAAAUCUGAAAAGCAAGUUUGAAAAAAUUGGACAAUUGUCUGAAAAACAAAUACAGAAAAAGAUAGAAGAAGAACGAGCAAGAAGAAGAGCAAUUGACCUUGAAAUUAAAGAGCGAGAAGCAGAAAACUUCCAUGAGGAAGAAGAUGUUGAUAUCAAGCCUGCAAAAAAAAGUGAGGCUCCAUUUACUCAUAAAGUGAAUAUGAAAGCUAGAUUUGAACGAAUGGCUAAGGCAAGAGAAGAAGAAGAACAAAGAAGAAUUGAAGAGCAAAAGUUAUUACGCAUGCAGUUUGAACAAAAGGAAAUUGAUGCAGCACUACAAAAGAAAAGAGAAGAGGAGGAAGAAGAAGAGGGUAGCAACAUGAAUGGCUCCACCAUUGAAGAUGAAGAGCAAACCAGAUCAGGAGCUCCGUGGUUUAAGAAGCCUCUAAAAAACACAUCAGUUGUAGACAGUGAGCCAGUUAGAUUUACUGUUAAAGUAACAGGAGAACCCAAACCAGAAAUUACAUGGUGGUUUGAAGGAGAAAUAUUGCAGGAUGGAGAAGACUAUCAAUAUAUUGAAAGAGGAGAAACUUACUGUCUUUAUUUACCAGAAACCUUCCCAGAAGAUGAAGGAGAGUAUAUGUGUAAAGCAGUGAACAACAAAGGCUCUGCAGCUAGUACCUGCAUUCUUACCAUUGAAACUGACGACUACUAGGUCCCCUUCCCUCUCCCCGGAACACACCCUCUCUCUCCGACUUUCUUACUGCAUCCAUCCUUUCUGUGGCGGGGCCAGAAAAGGAAACUGGAAGUGCCACUAUGCUGACUUCUCAUUCCUUUCCCCAACAGUCUUCACAACACAAGCUCGUCUGAAAAGUACCUCCUUCCUUUUCAAAUGAGCACCAGAUUCACAUUACCCAGUAUACAUUAAUGUGUAAUUUAAUAAGGCCAAGUGGGAAAUUUACUUAAUUAUUUCUAGCAGAACCUAUACAAAGGCUGUGUAUUUCCCAUGUUUAUAGCAAUUAUGUUUUAAAAAAUCAUAAAUCGGACAUAUUUUGCAUGAAAGAAUACCACUUAUGAGCUAUUCACACCUAAAAUUAGUCUGAAAUAGCUGAGUUAAGGAAUUUGGAACCUAUCAAUUUGAGUGGGUUUUUUUCCUCAGUAGUUUAUCAUUUUGGUUGUUGUAGUUUCAGAGUCUUUCUGAAGCAGAGAUAUGAGGGGGUAGGGGUGUCAUUUCUCCCUCUGUGUGGAGAAAACAAAAAAAUUAAAGACUUUUAAGAAACAAUUGCCAGAGUAAAUCUGAUGGAAACCACUGCCUAAUACAGAGUUCUGAGUGUUGAGAAUAUCAAACAUACUUUUCAAAUGUGUGUGAUAUAUAUUCAAGCUUAUAAAGCAAAUUUAUGUUGUGACCUUGUCUGAACAAAUUAUAUUUUAAUGAGAAAACUUUGUAUUAAUAGUUCAUGCAGGAGAAAACAAUUUCAACACAAUCAAAGAUUUCAAGAUCUAGAAUUAGAUUUAGGGAAAAAUGGCACAAUCUUCAAUUUUGAGUUUUUAAAGUGAGUUUGUAAAUAAUUAGCAACCAUGUACUAAUCAAGUUGUUUUAUAUUUUAACUGUCUGGAAGACAAUUUUAUUUUACAAUGUAAACCCAUAAUAAAGUCACUUCUGUAUUUAAAAAAAA